CUCCAUUCCAAUCCUCUUUGUUUUGGUUGUCAGUCUGCAGCGAAGCUAGCGUUAGCCUGCUAACUAGCCUAACCCGCGGAACGGCGCUCUUUCAUCCCCAGAGCCCGUGUGUUACCCCGCUGACAUCUGUGUGGGGAGGAAUUUCACCGCGGCCUUCUGUGUAUUUCUGCGUUUUGUGAAGCACUUGAGCCCGACGCCCAUGGUGUAGCUGGGUUUGUAGUGUUGUAGCUAGCUUCAUGGCUAACUGGCGUUAAUCCAACAAUGUUCACAACAAACCCAGGCGGCAGCUCAGUGCUCAGGGAACCUGUUGCAUAAAAUAAGGACCAACCGUUUUUUCAGUCAGAUCUCGAGGGGGACAAAUUAAUGCAUAUGAGUGCUACAUGAUUUGUAGGUAUCAUUUGCUAAGCUGAAAAGCCUGGAAGCUGGCUGAACGCACUUCACGGUCAGAAAGGAAGAGAAGAGACUCGUUUGGCAUGUUUGACGGGUAUGAGAGCAGCGAGGAGUCGAGCAGCAGCUCCAGCACAGAGGACAGCGAGGAUGAAGAGCGCAGUCUUCCUGCCGGUCUGCCAAUCAUCAAGAACAAUGGGCAGGUGUACACCUAUCCAGAUGGAAAAGCCGGCAUGGCAACGUGUGAAAUGUGUGGAAUGGUCGGGGUCCGAGAUGCUUUUUACUCCAAAACGAAGCGGUUCUGCAGCGUAUCCUGCUCCAGAAGUUACUCCUCCAACUCGAAAAAAGCCAGCAUAUUGGCCAGACUUCAGGGGAAACCACCAACAAAAAAAGCAAAGGUCUUACAGAAACAGCCUCUCAUGGCAAAAUUGGCAGCUUAUGCACAGUAUCAAUCGAAUCAGCAAAGCCCAGCGAAAUCAAAAUCAGCUGUCCCUGUUGAGGGCUUCAACUGGGGUCAAUACAUUUGUAGCAAUAACCUGAUCGGGGCUCCAGUAAGCUGUUUCAGACACGUCCCCAUGGGUUCAUUCUGGGGUGACAUUACAGAGGGUGUGAGGGUCGAGGUUCUCAAUUCUGACACAAAUCUCUCUACCAAAGUUUACUGGAUAGCAGGGAUUGUUAAAUUGGCAGGUUUUAAAGCACUUCUUCGAUAUGAGGGAUUCGAUAACGACUCGAGCCACGACUUCUGGUGCAAUCUGUGCGUCCCGGAAAUUCAUCCUGUUGGAUGGUGUGCCUCGAACGGUAAACCCCUGGUACCUCCUAAAUCAAUCCAGCAUAAGUGCUCUAACUGGAAAGUGUUUCUCGUGAAGCGACUCACUGGAGUAAAAACUCUACCACCUGACUUUCCCAAAAAGAUGCAGGAGAGCAUGCAAUACCCGUUUAAGAAGCUGAUGCGUGUCGAGGUGGUGGAUAAAACUCAUCUAUGCCGGACGCGUGUAGCUCUGGUGGAGCAGGUGAUUGGGGGCAGACUGCGACUCGUCUAUGAGGAGAGCCAGGACGGGUCUGAUGACUUCUGGUGUCACAUGUACAGCCCACUCAUCCAUUCCAUCGGCUGGUCAAGGAGCAUCGGCCACCGCUUUAAAAGAUCUGAGGUGUCAAAGAAAAUCGAGGGACUGAUGGACGCCCCGCCCCAGUUAUUUCUGAAGGUGAAGGACGUAGACCAGAGCGGCGAGUGGUUUAAAGAUGGCAUGAAGUUGGAAGCAAUAGACCCUCUCAAUCUCUCAGCUAUAUGUGUCGGUACUGUAAGAAAGGUGUUGGCAGAUGGGUACCUCAUGAUUGGGAUCGAUGGCUCAGAAGCAGCAGAUGGCUCUGAUUGGUUCUGUUACCACUCCACCUCUCCCUCCAUUUUCCCAGUGGGCUUCUGUGAAAUCAACAACAUUGAGCUCACGCCUCCAAGAGGGUACAACAAACUGCCAUUCAAAUGGUUUGACUACCUCAGAGAAACAUGUUCAAUAGCAGCCCCUGUGAAGCUCUUUAAUAAAGAGGUCCCGAAUCACGGCUUCCGCGAAGGCAUGAAGCUGGAAGCGGUAGACCUAAUGGAGCCACGUCUGGUGUGUGUAGCCACCGUAACCAGGAUUGUCCACAGACUCCUGCGCAUUCAUUUCGAUGGCUGGGAGGACGAGUAUGACCAAUGGGUGGACUGCGAGUCGCCAGACCUUUACCCUGUAGGCUGGUGUCAAGUCACUGGCUACCAGCUCCAGCCACCUGCUGCACAGACCUCGAGGGACGUGCCACCAAAUGUGACGAAGCAGAAAAAGAAAGCUCCGCAGUACAAAGGACAAAAGAAAAAGAGGAAGAUUCCAGUUGGGAGGAGGCCGCUCGGGUUUGGUGGGUCUCUGAGGAGGAGCAGUUUCUCAGGCGAUGAAGAGCAGACUCCGUCCCUUUACCUUCCCCACCCACCUGGUGUGGAGCGUGAUCGCUCACUCAAUUCAGAGGCCACACUGCAGAUAAAGGAGGAGACUCCAGAGGUGGACGAGUUCACCUUCUCCCAGGGCACAUCAGACCAAGAGAGCAACGGCUCGGGCAGUUACUACAUCAAACAGGAGCCGUGAGAGUCGGCCCUGCUGGAGCCUUACCUCACUGCCAACAGCACUGGAAGAUCCUGUUCAGAGCAACACACACACACACACACACACACACACACACACACACACACACACACACACACUCAUGGCCUGGGAGAACAGGGUGACCUUACUUCCUCUUGCACGCCAGGUCUUUUCCUUUUCAGGUAAGAAAAGCUGAUGAAGAGACAUUAAGAGUUCUGAGAAAGAAAGCUAGACAUGAUGGGGAUUUUCUUUGCGAAGGGGAUAUUUCCUGACUUUUGUUCGAUCAGUUUGCCAGAUGGACUUUUUCCUCAGUGAUCAUUGUACUUGAAGUUUUAGUAGCUGUUUUUUGUUUUUUUGUUUUGUUUUUUGUUUUGUUUUUUUCUGUAACAUUUUCAGUAACCUUUUUUGCUUUCCUUUUUUUUCUGGGUAAUUUCCAAGACCAUGUGUCUCAUGCGCUGAUUUAUUUCAGAAGCCCAUUUAUUAUUAUUAUAAUUUUUUUUUUUGAUGGGUGUGGAUUUUUGUAAGAGCAGUAAAAAUCUAUAUUGAUAAAGUAUAUCCAUAUAUGUAUGACAUUAACUAAAUAGUAGAGUAGUGGAGUAAGGGUUAAUAUUCUAUUGGUCAUAAACCUUCCUGGUAAGAAGAGGUAUAGCCUAAUGGAAAACACUGUCACAUUUUGCACUACAGGGAUGUAAAAUUAAAUGUAUAUCAGCCUGUGAAAAUGUUGAAGUUACAGCUUUAUUGUAUUAAAACGACAAACAAAUGUACAAUAUGUAUAGUGGCUGACGAGUCGACCGUUCAGAGAGGGGAUACUUCGCUCUAAUCAGCAUUACAAUAUGCAAGAACAUUUCUUUGAUAUGAAGCCAGUGUUGAUUCUCUCUUGAUCUCAUACGUGGAGCCAUUUUUCUAUACUGGUUUAAGUAUUUUAUGAGCCACAGAAUAAACAAAAAGAAGAACAUGACAUUUACUAGCCACUCGACACUACUUUUGCCAUGAUCUUAAGCUCAAACUUUUCUGUAUAUCGCUGAGAUAUGAGGUCUGAGAUCAUCCCUGAACUCCAGGACAGUUUACCAGCCUCUCUGCUUUUGUACCGAACCAAUGACUGAUUACGCCUAGAACCCUGAGAGCAAUCGGCGUCGAUCUGAUGUGUUCGAAUCCGAACCGCCAUUCCAGAAUAAAUGUUUUUUUAUUUAUACUACCUCUUUAAAAUGAGUUUUAAAAAAAAUUAAAAAGUACAUCUGCUAAGGGUUCACGUGUAAUCACACUGCUUUCGCUCGGUUCCCGAACCAUCUUCCUGCAAUAGCUAGUUUUCACUUACCAUCGGAAGGACUAUAAUUCACCGUAUGCAAAAUAAGUUUAUAAAUUCACAUGCACCAUAUAUUAUACUUUACAAGUUACCAAACAUUUAUAUUUGUUACAUAUUGUGAUAUUGAGAGUCCUUAAAAUUGAAGAUAUGCAAUAAUACAGUAGUGAUGUUUUACAAUGUCUUAUUCUCUAAAAAAACAAAACAAACAAAAAAAAACAAUAAAUAAAUAAAUAAAUAUCAGAACGCAUAAAUAUAUACGUACAUUCUAUAAACCUAAAUCAGAUACUCUUACAAUAUGUUGUAAAACUGUGAUGAUUUUGUAGAAGCUAGACUUUCCCUCUUAUGGACUAUGUUGAGUGUUGUAUUAAAAAAAGAAGAAAAAACAAGCAAAAAAAAAAGAUGAGCGAUAUUGUUUGCAUAGUGAUUUAUAUAAUUCUUCUAUAAGUAUAAUGUCUAUCAGUCAGUACCCGUGAGGCUGUUGGUGAAUUUCUCAGGAAAUCUUGUAUUUCAUUGGCUUGUUGUUUUUUUUUGUUUGUUUGUUUGUUUUUUGCCUCUCUCUCCUCAUUUUACAGAGUCCAGGUUCCAUAAUUGAUGUGCUUUCAUUUACAGUACCUCAUAGUCAUUUAUAACUCAGAAACCAAACGAAAUCUUUCUAAAGCCCUGUCAGUCUAACCCAGUCCUGCAAGAGCCACAGCACUGCACUGGUUUGUGUUUCACUGCGCUCGUGUGCCUGAUGAGGGUCUACAGAUCAGGUGUGAGUAGGAGGAGGGGAAAACCCCGUGAAACGCUGCAGUACUCUUGUCAGUUGCUUUUAUCCCCUCUACUCCUCUGUGUGCCAGUUUCAAGAUUUUCACCUAGCUAGAUGUUGAUCAUUUACGGUGUUUUUUCAUUUUGUUUUAAGCUCUAUAUGACAUCUGUUGAAGCAAUAAGAUGUUGCGCUACAAUGUUGUCAUAUUGACGUGGGUUUGCUUUGUACAUUUUGUAAAGAAAUUUUGCUUUACUUCCAUUUGACUGUUCACUUGUGGUCUUCUAAAGCAGUCUCAGUUUUUCUAUAUAGGCUAUUCCUCAAAAUCAUAGCAUCAGGACUACAGUCAACACUGGUUUGAUGUCAGUUUAAGUAAUUGUUUUUAUUAUUAUUAUUCAUAUUUUCUAUUUUUUGACCAAAUUCACCUAAAUGUCUGCAUCUAUCGACAUGACUGUUUCAAGGCAUGAGAUUUUUGCUGCUACCCUUAAAUCAAUCGUAACACACCCUAACGCACAACUUCACCUUUAAAGCUAAAAACCGUUUAUUCUCGACAGCAAAUGUGAUGCCUUAUCAUGUUUAUUCAAUAUUAGAAAUGUUAAAAACAUUUUCUAAGAGUAAAAAAAAAAAAAAAAAGUAAAGGGAUAACAAUGUGCAGUAGGUUGAUAAUCAUCAGUGCAUGCAGCAGCGCGAGAAUCCAAGAAAGACCAGCGCUGUUCCGGUCUCGAAUACUAACACGGGUUUUUGUGAUAUUUUUCCCUGUCCUUAGUAAUGACAUCAUGGUGCUAUAUAUUUGAUAACUCAUUCGCUUAAACUAUGAGAGGAAAACAAGUCCGUAAUUUUAAGGUGGAGACUGAACAUUAAAGUGAAAUCUUAAAAACAAAGAAACAAAACAAAAAAAAAAGAAA